AUCGAUUCACUCUGCAAUCUGCAUCCUCCUCUCGUUCCCGCCUGCGCUCUCGCCGUGCGUCGUGCUCGCGCUCUUCCUCGUCGAUCUUGCCGUGCGCCGUCCUAGCCUUCUCAUCUCACCGUCGUGUCUCCGUUUUCCGAAAAAAGGAAGCUUAGAUAGAUGGGGAAGGAGGUUUCAAUGAAGAGAGAACUUGAAGCUGCAAUCCUUGACAAAGCUAGCAAAGUGAUAUCAACUAUUAAGAGUGCUAAACAUGUUGAUCAAGUCAUUUGUGCGCUUCACUCCAUAGCUACCCUUCUCUUCCCUAUCGACACUUCUCUUAUUUCAGGUAGUAUCGAUGAGAGUUACCAGGACCAGGUCUUAGCAGUCAAAGUUCAUUCAGCAGAAGAGCGGGCUGACUGGUGGCAGGCAUUUUACCAAGGGAUUGCUUUUCGAACAUUUGCUCGCUUCUUGUUACUUGAUGUUGUAUUGAACUGGCUGGCUUGUUUUCCCUUCUCUGCGAAGAAACAUGUUUACGAUGUUUUCUUUGUUCAUGGACAUAUCCCUGAGGUUGUGCAGAUUUUGGCUCUUUCACUCCAGCAUAAUGGAAGUGAUGCUCAUACUCUAGAUAUUAAUGCUGUCCUCUCAAAUUCUGAAAGGUUGCUUGUAUUGUGCUUGAUUGAACAUAAAGGAGUGCUUCAAUUAGCAAUAGAGUUUGGUGGUUCUUAUGAAUCAGCAGGUUUUACAUAUGAACAACUCAAAGCAGAUGUAUCUAGGAUGGCUCAGAUUGUUUCAUCUAUACCUGACAAAGCAAGAAUGAACUCUCUGACUUCAUUGUCAUCUCACUUGUUCUUCAGGCAGAUUAUCAUCCAACUUCUCUUCCUGGCAAAAGAAAGAGAUGUGAUUCUGCAAAAUAAAGUGGAGUUUGGAGAAAAGGACAAUAGUGGUACUAUGAUAUUUGUUGGGGAAUUGUUUUCUCGCAUUUGUCGCCGUGGCUCCGCUGAUCUGUUAUCAAGUGAAGUAACAUCCCAAGUUCUAAGUCAUAUACAGAGUUGCUUAAAAAGUAAUGAUUCACUUACUGAGGAAUUGCUCGAGUCAAACCCUGAUUCUGUCUUCUGGUUGAGAAUGAUGGAGGCAAUUAGAGAUCCCUUUGCAGUGGAAAGAAUCUCUGAGCAAAUUUUGCAUCAGCUAGUUUCUCGUCAUGCAGAUGAUAUCCUAGCCUAUUGGGUUCUAUGGUUGUUGUUUCAUCGCACUUUUAAGCAUCAAGCUUCGGUUAGGUCUUUGUUUGUGGACAAAUUCCUGCUCUGGAAAGUAUUUCCCUUAAGUUGUCUGAAGUGGAUUCUUCAAUUUUCAGUUCAUGAAUGCCCACCAUGCACCGUUUUAUAUGGGCACAGUCGCCCUGGACUCUUAAAUGUAGUCCAGCGUCUGGUGGCUGUAUGGUCUGAGAAAGAAUUUGUGCAAACAGCAUCUAUUGAGCAGCAAGCUUAUAUAUCUGCAGCUCUUGGCCUUUCCCUUGAGACAAUGACUAAAGAAGAAUUAGAAGGGACGAAGGAUGUCAUGCAUUUGAUUCUUCAAGGAGUUAGCUGUAGACUGGAGAGUCCAAAUCAUUUAGUUCGAAGAAUGGCCAGCAUUGUUGCUUUAGUGUUGUCUAAAGUUAUUGAUCCAAAAAAUCCUCUAUACCUUGAUGAUAGCUGCAGUGAGGAGACAAUUGAUUGGGAAUUUGGAUUGAAUGUUCCCAAGAAAGACAUUCUAACUGCAUCAAAUUGCAAAGAAAAAGGUGUUGAAAGCACAAAAAUACUUUCAGUGUCAGAUCCAGAGGGGGGCUCUGGUUUGCCCUCUAGUAGCAGGAUAACCAUGAGUAAAAAAGAUAGAAAGAAGUUAUCGGAAUUUAAUGUGCUUGAUCCAGAUGAGAUUAUUGAUCCAGCUUCACUAAAUCUUGAAUCAGACUCUGGUAUUGAUGAUAAUGAUGUGGAUGGUAGUGGAAGUGAGAACUCAUAUUCCUCAAGUGAUUUAUCCUUACAGCCAUAUGACUUGUCAGAUGAUGACUCAGAUUUGAAAAAAAGAAUCUCGCAGUUAGCUGAUGUAGUUGCAGCUCUUCGAAAAACAGAUGAUGCCGAUGGGGUGGAAAGGGCUAUCGAUGUAGCUGAAAAGCUCAUAAGAGCAUCCCCUGAUGAACUUAAGCACUUGGCGGGGGAUCUGACCAAAACUCUUGUUUAUGUUCGUUGCUCUGAUAUAUCUGUAGAAGGAGCGGAAGAAUCAACUGAAGACAAGCGACAAAAAGCGUUAGUUGCCUUGUUAGUCACCUGCUCAUUUGAAUCCUUGGAUACACUAAACAGGCUAUUGUAUUCUCCUAAUUUAGAUAUCAGCCAGCGCAUUAUGAUAUUAGAUGUCAUGACAGAAGCAGCUCAGGAGCUUGCUGAAAUGCAAAUUAUGAAACCCAAACACAGGACUGGAUCCCUCAUCUCAGUUGUUUCUGAUACUCAACCAUGGUUCUUGCCUAGCAGCACGGGGCCUCCUGGAGCUGGUUCCUGGAAAGAGAUCUCGAGAACAGAAACUUUGUUGAAUUGGUCAAAUAGCUAUGAGAGGGAACUUCCCUCUAAACAUAAUCAAAUCAAGAAAGGGAGGACACGCUGGUGGAGUUUGGGAUUGCAUUCGACACAGCAGAACUUGAUGGAGUGUUCCCAGAACAAGUUUCCUGUUUAUGCUGCUGCAUUCAUGCUUCCUGCUAUGGAGGGGUAUGAUAAGAAAAGACACGGUGUUGAUUUGCUUGGUAGGGAUUUCAUUGUCCUCGGGAAACUUAUUCAUAUGCUCGGGGUUUGCAUGAAGUCUUUAGCAAUGCACCCAGAAGCAUCUGCACUUGCUCCCUCUCUCCUGGAUAUGUUAAGAUCCAGGGAGGUAUGCCAUCAUAAAGAAGCAUAUGUGAGAAGAGCUGCUCUUUUUGCAGCUGCAUGCAUUGUGAUUGCUCUUCACCCAACUUACAUUGCAACUGCCUUGUUGGAAGGAAAUACUGAUAUAUCUGCAGGCCUUGAUUGGAUUCGCACAUGGGCACUUGAGGUAGCUGAGUCAGACACAGAUAGAGAAUGCUAUAUGAUGGCUAUGAAAUGCAUUCAACUUCAUGGGGAGAUGGCUCUUCAAACUUCAAGAGCUCUGGAGUCAGCAAAAAGUUCAUUCAGAGCAAGUCCUGCUCUGUGUAUCAAUGCUUCCAAGGGGACGAUUAAAAUGCCCUACUUAAACGGGAAUCACUGAUCCUAUUGUGCAGGAUUUCGGUAUUAUCUUCCCUCCUUUUUGAUGGCCAUUGCUAUGAUGUGUCUAUAAAUAGUAGGAUUCUAACUAUGCUCAUGUACAGAUUUCAAAUGAUUUCCAAGUCCAACUUAAAAAAAUUGUAUUUUCAAUUCUUGACGUAAUAAAAAAAUAAUUUUGGAAGAUCAAGAAUUUUUUUUUUUUUUUAAGUUUACUGCUCCUCUCAAAGCCCAACAUAGUUCACCUAAGCAGAUCGACCCAUAUUCUGACGAUACACAGCAAUGGGGGACCUAAAGGCCCAUCCUUGCUUAUGUAAAGCGUACUUUAAUAGCUUCAACCAACCUCUCUCAAUGAGAUGAACCUCAUGCCUCGAGGCUUCAACUUCAGAUAAUCAGGUCAGGCUGUCUCUUUCCUUUCGAGCUUCUUUUCCACCUUCCUUCCUUCAAAGUCAUCGUGCCCACGUCCAUCCUGCCUCCAUUGUCUCUUCAUGCAAGCGAUCGCUCACCCAUCUUGUGCCCUGCACGUGUGUAUUCAAAUAUUCUAUCUUUUCUUCAAAUCAGCUUAAAACGCUCGGGUCAUAGUGGGCGACAAUGAGCCCGAAGAUAGGCUGGUGUGCUUCAAGAGUGUAAAAGAAGGAGAUUUUAUGAAAGCCAAGAGGACAAGAGGAAGAGGAAAUCCAUAGAAGCUGCUAAAGGGAACCAAAGGAAGUGUUGAUAUUGUUCUUUUCUCUGUUAUUUAUUCAUGAUCUUUGUUUCAGUUUACGUGUUGUGGUUGUCGAUUUUAGAAACUUCAAUUUGCAACCUGUCUCUUACUCACCACGUUAUUGUUCUGAACUUCGAAAUUGUGCAUUUAUUUUUGUCAAGUAGACCUAUCUAUCGAAGUGAAUCAGUUUGAACUCAUUACAUAUUUAAAUAGAUUAAAGUCACGCCUGCGACUCCAAUCAGUCAUAA